AAAGGGAAAGGAAAAGGAAACACGCAGGAAGGUUCGUUCCGUGAAACGAUAAAUCAAAAGGAAAGGCAGUGAUCGAUCCACAGAUCUCUCUAUCUCUGUCGCCACGUACAUUCAAUAACAAUACAACCCGUAUAAUAAUUUAUAAACACACACAUUAUUUGGAUCAAUCAUAGUUACAAUCCAUCGAUUCAGAUCUAAAGCUUCUUCAUUUCUUGAUCGAUCAUCAUGUCUUCUACUGCAUUCAGUGGCGAUGAAACCGCCCCCUUCUUCGGCUUUCUCGGCGCUGCUGCUGCUCUUGUCUUCUCAUGUAUGGGAGCGGCGUACGGAACGGCGAAGAGUGGCGUUGGAGUGGCGUCGAUGGGGGUGAUGAGGCCGGAAUUGGUGAUGAAGUCGAUUGUGCCGGUGGUUAUGGCUGGUGUGUUGGGAAUUUACGGUUUGAUUAUUGCGGUUAUUAUUAGUACUGGAAUUAAUCCCAAGGCCAAGUCGUAUUAUUUGUUUGAUGGCUAUGCUCAUCUUUCGUCCGGUCUUGCUUGCGGUCUGGCGGGUCUUUCUGCUGGUAUGGCUAUUGGGAUUGUUGGUGAUGCCGGUGUUAGAGCUAAUGCUCAGCAGCCAAAGCUUUUUGUCGGAAUGAUUCUUAUCCUCAUUUUUGCCGAGGCUUUGGCUCUCUAUGGGCUUAUUGUCGGCAUCAUCCUCUCAUCCAGGGCUGGUCAGUCUAGAGCUGAUUAAACGAGCCAACUAUUUGCGAGCAAGCUGGGUUGUAGUAGUGCUACAAAUUUCCUCGAUGAUACAGUUGGAUUUAAGCAGAGAUGUAUUUUGUUGGCAGCGACUGCUUGAACUCCCUUCUAGCUUUUGAGGCUUGUGGAAGUCUUAUUCGGGAUAUUUACAUUAAUGGUGUUUAUAUGUUAAAUUAUUUGGAUGAUGUCACUUUCUUAAGCCAUAUAUAAAUCAAACUGAUGAUGCCCGUUUCUUAUGAAGACAUAUUUUACUGUUGCCUUUGGGCAUAGUUUAUAUUUUUGUA